CCCCGCUAUCGGUCCGUCCCAGCUACCUAGUCGCCGCUGCGGCUGCCAUCCACCUUCGACCUCCGAGCUCGACCUCGCCCCCCGGCCUACCCGCACAUACCCUUGACUACCCUUACGCCAUCGCGUCGAUCAAGCCGGCAACAUGAGUAGCCCGAAGCGCAGAAUCGAGACGGACCCUGCGUGCGCGGAUACUGACGUGAUUCUCGCCAGGCUGAUGAGUGACUACGAGGUUACGCUCGUAAACGACAACAGUGAGCAUACUCAGGUCUCAAGGCAAGAGUUCUAUGUUCGCUUCAAGGGACCCGAAGAGACUCCCUUCGCCGGCGGCCUCUGGAAGAUCCACGUGGAGCUGCCGGACCAGUACCCGUACAAGAGCCCCAGCAUCGGCUUUGUGAACCGCAUCUUCCACCCCAACAUUGACGAGCUAUCGGGAUCGGUUUGCCUAGACGUCAUCAACCAGACGUGGUCGCCCAUGUAUGACAUGAUCAACAUCUUCGAGGUGUUCCUGCCGCAGCUCCUGCGCUACCCGAACCCGACGGACCCGCUCAACGGCGAGGCGGCGGCCCUCCUGAUGCGCGAGCCCAAGUGUUACGACGCCAAGGUCAAGGGUAGGUUUUGCGGUCGGGGUGACGUGGGAUUGGCGGACGCUGACGGCGGAGCAGAGUACGUGCAGAAGUACGCGUCGAAAGACGCGGCGGACGAGGCCGAGGACGACAGCGAGGACGACGAGGAGAUGAGCUCGGUGGGCAGCUACGAGUCGGGCGAGGAGGAGGAGCCGGCGGGCGGCAUGGACGACAUUUGAGGGUUUUUGCAGGUUGCAAGGGUUCAGUUACGGCACACACGGGCGGCGGCGCAAGGGCGGGCGUGUAGGCGCAGAUUUCCCCAGAGUUUACUAGGUGCUAGCUAGCUACGUUAACAGCCGGCUGCGUGUCAUGAUUCGACGCGUCUUCUAGAAGGCCGGGCUGACCGGUGCAACACGUGUGUGUCGGGGCGAUCGUCCUUCUUCAUGUUCGGCUCUUCUUUUUUUCGCCAUCGGGCGACGCCU